GGCUGUGGCGGCUCCGCGUGCCGGGCCGUGGCGAGCUCCAGCUCCGCGGUUCCCCCUGCAAGAUGGCGGCCGCAGCGGAGCUCGGCGCGGCGCUGCCCGCGGAGCCGCCGCGGGGGGCUCGGCGCCCGCUGGGGCCCGAGGAGGUGGCGAGGCGCCUGGCGACCACUCGCCGCCAGCUCAGCAACAGGCGUAAGAUCUUGCUGCGGAACCUGCCGCCCGAGAGCAGCAGCCAGGAAAUCCAUGACUUAUUUAAAGAUUAUGAAAUCAAGUAUUGUUAUGUGGACAGAAAUAAAAGAACAGCGUUUGUUACUCUGUUAAAUGGAGAGCAGGCUCAAAACGCGAUUCGGAAGUUUCACCAGUAUUCUCUUCGGGGAAAAGAAAUAUCUGUGCAACUCCAACCAACAGAUGCUUUAUUAUGCAUUACUAAUUUGCCCAUUUCAUUUACGUUAGAAGAGUUUGAGGAACUUGUGCGUGCCUAUGGCAAUGUUGAGAGGUGUUUUUUGGUCUAUAACGAGGUUACUGGCCAUUCAAAGGGCUAUGGCUUUGUGGAAUAUAUGAAGAAAGACUCUGCUGCAAAGGCGAGAUUGGAGCUUCUGGGGAAACAGUUAGACGAGAGCACUCUCUUUGCACAGUGGAUGGACGUGAAUCAGCUGACGACAAAUCUUAUUCACUCCAAGUGCCUUUGUGUAGAUAAAUUGCAAAAAGACUGCACUGAUUCAAAAGAACUGAUCCAAACUUUCUCACAGAUGUAUAAACCUGUUUUCUGCCAGUUUGCUCAGGAUGAAGACAGUUAUAUUGGUGACUUUGCGGUGGUUGAGUAUGAAACUGCAGAACAGGCUGAGAAAGUACAAGAAGUAACUGAUGGCAUGGCUAUCAAAGGAAAGAGAGUCCAGGUGUCGUACUGUGCUCCAGGAGCACCGGGCAGAAGCACAUUAGCAGCACUUAUAGCAGCACAGAGAAUGAUGAGGAACAAUAGGAAAGGCUUGCUUCCAGAGCCAAAUCCAGUGCAGAUUAUGAAAAGUUUUAAUAACCCAGCAAUGUUGCAAAUGCUGCUACAGCCCCAGUUGCGUGGACAUGCUGUUAAACCUGUUCUUGGAGCAUCUGCAGGUUUACCUCACCUUAUAAAUUCAGCACUUGGCUCACCAUUUUUGCAGUUGAAUAAAGUUCAUCAGAGCUCACUUCUGGGGAGUACAUCCAACUUACUGCUGCAGAGCCCUGUCCACCUACCACUGCCACAGCAGCAGCUAAUGAAGAUGGAAAACAUUCAGGCUAAUAGUAAACCGGGUUUGCUGGGAGAGCCUCCAGCCAUGCUCCUGCAGACAGUACUGGGCAUAGGGGUGAUGCCUUCAGUGAGCUCAGGCAUGGGAACCCGUGGAGAAGCUCUUAAGUCAUCUAAUCUGACUCCAAUUCAAACAGCAGCAGCAGCAGCAGGGGUGGGCAUGCUGCCAUUCUUUCCGAAUCAGCACAUUGUUGGACAAGCUAUACCAGGGCAAAAUAACGCUCCAGAGAAACAAUCGACUCCUGAAGCGGCUGUCUCAGGAUCACAGCCUUAUCAUCAGAUCUUAACAAAUCUUUCUGCGGGAGCUUUGCGAGCUGAGCAUACCAAACAACAAAAUCAGCUAAAAAAUACAGAUACAGGUUUGGGGACUCCUCUGAAAAAACAGACUUCGCUGCUAGGAGAACCACCAAAAGAAAUACGUCUUAGUACCAACCCAUACUUGAACUUGGCAAGUGUGUUGCCUGGCUUAUGUCUUCCAGCAAUUGCCAGCAAAGUCUCCAGUCCACCGCAGCAGACUGGACUUUCGAACAAUAUUGUGGAUGCUGCUGUGUCUCAGGGAACUACAUCCCAACAUGUGAUGGAAAAUUAUUUCAGUUACUCUCCACAGCAUGGGGAAUACACACAGGAGGCUGUUCAGCAGUGGUAUCAGCAUUGUGCUCAGGCAUAUAACUCUACCCAGGCAAGAGUCGAUGAAUUUGAAAAUGAAGCCUCUGAGGAAUCUACAGGUGGAUCUUACCCAGACUACAGUACCUGCUUGCAGGUCAUGCCUACACUUUACAGUGGAGCCCAGGGAUCCUGCCAGCCAGGCAGCUCACAGCAUCCUCCACAAAACCCAUCCAAUAAGGUGACUCCAACAAGAAGUGAGAAGCGGGGCUCUUCAUACCUGGUUUCCUCCCCGGAACCUGGCCCCAUGGAGUACCUUGGCCAGCAGACUCAGGGCUCUGCAGUCCGUUACACAGAAUCCUCUCUCAAAAAAAAGCGCGUGUACUGAGACCCAAGUAACCACUCCUGCCUUAGGGCAAAGGCAGGCCGCUCAUACCUCUGCUAUUUAUUGCUGCCUUAACUCCAGACAAAUAAGUCUUCUUUCUGUGUUGGGUUGUGAGCAUCCCAAUAGGAAUAACGUCUGUAGUGGCAGAUCUGCCAGGGAAGCCGUACGGAUUGCUCUGAGGGCAGCCACUCCUCCGCACUCGGACUUGCCUUCUGAAAGGGUGGGAUGAUGUUUCCUUUGUUGUCUGAAAGUCACGGUGCACUGAGGCUGCCAAAGCAGAGCAGCUUGGUGAGUUUGGGUAGCUUACCAGCUGAAAGCAAUAAACACGGCGAGGAGGGAACACCGGUCCUUUCUCCAGGCUUCAGACUGAGGAAGUUAAAAGAUGGAAGCUUCAUAGUAGGUUUUUUCUUAUUUUUUUAACGCAGAAUGUGGGGGUUUUCAGUCAUACUUUUUCCAGGAUUAAGAGUUCUGCAUUUACAGCCUUUAUAUUUUUAAUAUUUCCUCUCGAUCCUGGAAUGGAGAUAAAACCAAAUGUAUUGCCAGCGCCUCUGUGAUGUUUUUCAAUAAAUGUUUGUUAAAAGUAAGAUGCUUUCCUGUGCUGCCUCGCAAUGUGGAAUCCGAUCUGGAUAGGCCAUACUUGGACAAUGAUUUAACCUUUUAGGCAAAGAAUCAGAGCUUCUCCUUGGACUAAGUAAUUUACAGGUUGUGACCACAUCUUCAUAGAAAUGGCUGUGGGAGAGCACCGGCCCCAUUCCGGCAGGUCCGCAGGCUGGUACGGCCUCGCUGCCGGCAGCACUUGCUCCUUAAAGGUAACUGAAAGGGACAGAAACCAACUGCCUGUUACGCUUUUCUGACUUCCGAUUUUGGAUGAUUCAGUCUUGGAGCAGAAGCAAUACGGACAGACUGCUCUUUAAUCCUGCCUUCCUGCUCUUUGCUGUAUCUAUCUUUCCUUUUUUUUUUCCAAGCCUCUUAACUUUUGGAAUUUGCUGCAUUCCAAAGCCUCCCUGGAGCAGAGAGCCUCCCUGGAGCAGAGCAUCCUGGCUCCGGUUAUCACUCCCUCUUACAUGUUAAUUACCUUUGCACGGUGUACUUCUUGGCAGAAGGGAAGGCCAUUUCCGCCAGGUUACAGCAGGGGACACACAGGGACUGGCACAGCCUGCAGCCUCCCUGCUCCACAGCCCCCUUUGCCCUUUUUUGUGUGUAUUUUUUUAAAUGACACUAUUUUUAGCUUCUUCUCUGAGCCACCCUGACUGCUGUUGCCAUUUCUGCUGUCAAUCCUUGCAGCUGCAGGUGCAGAAACUCGGGGCUGCAACAGCUCUGUCGUGAGGCAGAGCUCCCUGCCAGGCCGUGGGCAUCCGCUGCCUUGGAAUUCUAGCACAAAUUCAUUUGGACUGAAUUCACCGAGCGCUUAGGGCCAGAACUGGGGUUGUUCUUAUUUAGCCUUGCUGGACAAUUUGGAAGCCAUUUCUCAAUGCUGACUUUUUUGUUUAAAAAAAAUGUUAAAAAUUAAAAAAAGCCUUUCAAGCUUUGUGACGUGACUGGGAUCUGUAUUUCCCAAACUUACCCAAACUCUCCAGGCCCCCUCGCUCUGUGCUCCAGUGACUGCUCAGGACAGCCCAGCAGUGCAGGCUGGAGGAGCUCUGCCACGGUUCUCCUGUGCACAGCCAUAAAUU